AUGGAGGGACGCGCUCGUGGCGGCGCCGCGCCCCGGACCGCCAUGGACUACACGCUCGCGGCGCUGAAGCUCUUCGGCUCCCAGCUCUCGGGCUCCACCACGGCGCCGGACUCCGAGGGAUCCUCUGCCGCGCUGAUGCUCUUCAACAUCCGCUUCCAGCGCGCCUGGAUCCAGGGCGUGAUCGUGCACGCGGACUACAGCACCGACGACGGCACCCUGUUUCUGGAUGACGGCUCCAGCGUCACCGAGCUCCUGCUCCAAGGCGACGAUGCCAAGGGCCAGACCUGGCGGCCAGGGAUGUACGUGUUGAUAAUUGGCGCAUAUAUUGCACCGGACGGCAGUCGGCCCACAGUCAAGGUUCACAAGAUAGUCGACCUCUCUGCGCAGCCAAACCGUGAAGCGAUGUGGUAUAUGGAAGUAGCUGAGGCGUACGACUUCUUCUAUGCAUCUGCUGGCUCCACGUCAUGAGCACAUACUCUGCUCCUUGGUCGCCUCUGAUGCUUCGGUUCAGUUUAGCCUAUGCAUCCUUUAUUCCUGGAACAUUUCCCUCUAUUCGACUGUACCCCAUGCAUCAGUUUUUGGACAUGGAAUACCAGAGCUUUGCCACCAAAUCCGUGACAAAUUCGAUUGGUGUAUAGAAUAGUGGAGCUCCGUCUUUGCCAAA